UGGCAAACGACUGCCAACAAGAAGAAGAGCGAAUGGGUUGCGACGACUGGACAACAAUUUGGGUCGACGUAGAUGAACAAGUUAGCCCGCGCAACUGAUAAGCCCAGCGGAAAAGCACACUUCUAAUGCUAAGAAUGUCAGCGAGAGUCUUUGUGUACGGCACGCUGAAGAGCGGGGAGCCAAACCAUCACUGGCUGACCAAAAAGGAGAACGGCCAGGCACGAUUUCUGGGCCGUGGGACAACGGCGGUGAAGUUUCCACUGGUUGUGGGUACCCGGUACAACAUUCCAUUCCUUUUGGCCAGGCCCGGCGAUGGCCACAACAUACAGGGCGAGAUCUAUGAGGUGGACGAGGCCAUGUUCUCCAAGUUGGACCAGCUGGAGGACUACCCCAACUACUACGAUCGUGAGCAGCAGACCAUACGGACGGAAGUAGACGGACCAAUGGAGUGCUGGCUAUACCUAAUACGGAACUUUCCAGAGAAGAUGCUUGCCAAGCCGCAGCUGAGUGCGUACCACAACACGCCCGAGCAGCCGUACAGUGAGAACUAUAGUGACAGCCGUCCGGAGGACCUUGUCGACGAUGAUUAACACAAAACGAGAGCCGGCGAGGUUAUACAAAAGUAACGUUUAUAAACGGAUUUCAACGCAUGGCUAUUAUUCAUAUUCUAUUACAUUGACUCCAUACUUCAAA